GUAUUGCUUCUUAGUAACACAGUGCAACCAAGCAGCUACUUGUGUUCUGUGUGAUACAUUUCUCUUUAUUUUGAGAUGGCAGGUGAGUAUGAUCGCAGCAGUUACGGAAGGUCAGGCACAGGCAGUGACGAAGGCGGGUACAACAAGACCAGCGAGGAAGACUAUGGCCGCAGCAGCGAUGAAUACGGCCAUGGUACCGGUGGUUUCAACAAAUCCAGCAACGACACCAACACGGACGACUACAGUAGCAGUGGCGACUACAACAAGUCCAGCACUGACAAUUUCACUGGCGGCUUGAACAAAUCUAGCACUGAUGACUACACUGGCGGUGGCAGCUACAACAAAACUGGUGCCGACGACUACAGUGCCGGUGGCAGCUACAACAAGUCCAGCACCGACGAUUUCAGUGGCGGCCACAACAAGUCUAGCACGGACGACUAUGAUGGUGGCUACAAGAACUCCAGCGCCGAUGCCGGCUAUGGCGAAGGCGGUUACAAGAAACCAAGCACCGAGGACUCCUCCGCGUACAACAAAUCAAGCAUCGAGGAGGACUACAGCAGCGGCAAGAACACCCCCAACACUGAUGACUACGACGGCAGUGGCUACAACAAGUCCAGCACUGAUGACGACUAUGAUGGCUAUAAGAAGCCCAGCGCCGACGAGUACAGUGGUGGCUACAGCAAGUCCGGCGCCGAUGGGUAUGCCACUGGUGCAGGCAAGACCGGCUCUGAUGAUUACUAGACAAAAUCGCCGUGAAAGUGAGUGUGUUUGCGAUGCUAAAUACUCCCUCCGUAAACUAAUAUAAGAGCGUUUAGAUCACUAUUUUAGUGUUCUAAACACUCUUAUAUUAGUUUACAGAGGGAGUACGUAUGUAUGUGUGGUUGCUACUGCUACUGGUCCUUGCUAAAUGAUUUAGCAUUUGUAUUCUUACUCUUUUCUUUAUGGUAGGGUUCGUUUAUAUGUAUACUGAUGUGAUCCCAUCAUAGAGCCGCGGCUGUUGAGAUGAGUGUGUAUAUGUACCCGUGUAUAGCAGUCUUGCUGUCCAUCUAUGCGCCUGUACGAAUGCGUAAUACACUUUAUCAUGUCUGUAGCUGGA